AUGACGGAUAGUUCAUCAACCAAAUCACCAACAUCACAUCAUACAUCAUCAUUUGUUCCAACUAAUUCAUCUAAACAUCAUUCAAAUUCAUUUAUGUUUGCUAAUGGUGAUCAAUAUGAUGGUGAAUAUAUACUUACAGACGAAGGUCAAAUCAUGCGUCAUGGUCAUGGUAAACAUACAAGUGCUGAUCAACAACUUAUUUAUGAAGGUACAUGGAAUCGAGAUAAAAUGCAUGGAACAGGACGAUUAACUUAUGGAAAUGGAACAUCAUAUGAUGGAGAAUUUCAAUCGAAUUAUUUUGAAGGUUUAGGUACAUAUACAUGGCCAGAUGGAGCACAAUAUACAGGCAUGUGGCAAGGUUCAAGAGCGAUAGGUAAAGCAGAAUAUACAGGACCAGUUUUGGGUGUACCAUUUGUUGGUACAGCUAAUGGACAAAUAGCACAUAUGCGAUAUAAAGUGUCUUCUUUAUAA